UGGGAGAGAAGGGAGAGAGAGGAGGAGUGCAGCAGGGAGGAAUAGUUAUGUUUUGUCUUGUAGCGAGAGGAGCGAGGGAGGAGGAAGAGAGGAAAAGGAGGGCGAGGGGAUGUGAGGACCGCCGGCUGGUUUUCCCCUCCUGCUCAGAACCUGCCGCCGUCUCCACGCCGUCAGAUGGACGUCGGCGCCCGGGACUCGGAGUCCCGCUUCUGCAUCUCGCGGCGCUCCAAGCAGAACCUGCUGCUCCCAGCAGGCCUCAGCAGCUGACAAAAGAAAAGCCCUUUUUUAUGACAAAGCGAAGAAGACUCCUCCCCCGGGGAAUUUUUACUGAACUUGUGCUGCUUAAACUUUCCCAACUUCUUGAACUUGAACUCCUUCACUGGAGGAUGCUUGAGAUUGAGGUGCGAUCGCUUUGACAGCGGGCGCUUCAGCCUCUCCAGUCCGACGCACCGUCCCGCUCAUCAGGCCUCACUCCUGGCACCUGGCGAAGCUGUCGGAGCUGCCCCUCCCUCCCCCUCCCCCGCCGCCGCCGCCGCCCUGCCUCCCCCCGGCCGACUCGCCUCCCCUCCCGCCUCCCCCGCCUCCGUCUGCCAUGCAGAUCCACCCCGGCGCCUUCACACUACCCUGGCACUCCACCGACAACAGUGACUUGUCCAUGCAGUGGGGGCAGCUGUCCAGACCGUACUCCUCCACCGACCAGAGCAGUUCCCUGGGCUCCAUGGAGAGCCUGGACACCCCGACGCCCACCGCCCAGCCGUACUCCGACUCGCACAGCUCGCCCGUCGACCCCGCCCUCUUCAACAACAAGAGAGACUCGGCCUACAGCUCCUUCUCCGCCAGCUCCAACACGUCUGACUACGCAACGGUGCCGCUGCGGCCCGGAGAGGCGUGCUCCAUGGAUAACCUCCUGCAGAGCUUGGGGCCGGCGUAUCAGGGAUACCACGGCGGCGAUACCUCGACCCUGGGGAGAUCGUCCGGCGAGGUCCCAGAUGAGGCUCAGCAGAUCACGCACAAGUCCAGAUCGCUGACCAGGCCGAGACAGAGGCCUGCUGAGGUCAAAGACAGACCCUCGUCGUGCUGCUACGAGCAGGAGCUGAGGGGAGGAGACUUUGAGAUUGUGAGAAAUGGCGAAAGCGAUGCGGGGAGGAAGAUAAAUCCCCCUCAGCCUCCAACAAGGAAGGACAGUUUUCGGGCGACCCGGAGUCGCCCUAAUGUUGUCAACAAGCGUUGUGCUUCCGCUCCGAUUGAAAAUUCCAGAGUGCCUUAUUUUGAGGACAGCAAGUCUCCUCUGGUAGCUGAAUCAGGGAUUCAGAAUGGCUUCUCUAUACUUGAAGAACACGCACAAACUGGGAAUUUCAAAAAAGAUUCCUCAGACUCCCACUUUGUGCAGCGACAGAGUAAAGAUAGACAAAUCAGAUGUGACACUAGUGAUAAAGAAUACAAACCAGAGACCACCUCAAAUCACCUCUCUGACUCAGCCUCCCAAACUUCCUCCGGUCCGAGCUCCUUACCUGCAGACGCCUCCACUGAGACUCAAGGGAAGACGCAACUGAGACACUCGCAUACCAAACACUCCUCGACAGGGCUGCACAGACACAGCGCCCCUGAGAAACUUCUCGCCACGCAACUUCAGUUAUUACAGUUUGAUAGUGAUGGCACUUCUUCAGAGUCUUACAAUCAGUCUAAUCCCUCUGUGAGCAGUCAGUGGUCCGACUCGUCGGUUCAGACCGCGAAGGAAGACCUCAGUAGCACCUUAUCCAACAAAUGGGGAGGCAGCCGGUGCUCAACCCCAGGGUCUGUGUUUUUGGAAGAGGAUGUUGACGCUGGUAAUGCAAACGAGAGGCUGGAGGGGAGCGUCAAUGGUGGGUCGGUCUCUCCUGUUCAUCACCACAUCCCUUGGGGUCGCUCUGCGAGCGUACCGGGGGAACCCGUGGGGUCGUCAACCCAGGAACGAGUAAGCUGCGACCAGAUGCUGCAGAGUGACUUUGCGCCUCUUAGUGCCGCCGCCAGCAUGGACACUUUAUUAGACGAGCACAAAACAGUCGGUGGGGAAGGGAAAAAAGAGGAGGACGUCAAAGAAAACGCAUCGCCGAAAAAGUCAAACUCAUCCAGGAACUUUCGAAGGAACCGGCGUCGCAGCGAUCGAUUCGCUACCAACCUCCGCAACGAGAUCCAGAGGAAAAAGGCCCAGCUUCAAAGUAGCCGUGGUCCGGGAGGAUUGCUCUGCAGUGGAGAAACUGUCCAGGAGGAGGGCCCGGACCUCAUCGAGGAAGGGGUAGAUAUAGAACUGCCUUCCAAGGAAAAACCCUCGAAAGUGUCAUUUGCAGCACCCGCCAUUCCUCAAGACUCACAAACCACAUCAAACGCCUCCAGUGAAGCCAACCAUGAAGGGUCUCCGUCCUCGGCCUACCCUCAGAACAGCAGCUCAUCGCGGUCUGUUCAGAUUCUGGAUCCAGGUCUUCCCAGUUUCGGUGUCGGCAUCCGAGUUGUAGAGGAGCCAGCGCCUGCCGGCAAGGCCCGCCGCUGGCGUUGGACCCCCGAGCAUAAACUCCAACCGGAACCGGCUCAGCAGUGUGGCUUCCCGGGCGAGAGAGUACUAGGCGUGACGGGGUCGCGUCACGGGGUCUGCGCCUUCACCUCCUCUACCUCCUACGGACGGUCCUCCUCCUGCUCUCGGAUCGAGGAGACGGAUAUUCUUCCAUUUGCUGAUCGAAUGAAGUUUUUCGAGGCGACGAGCAAAGGCGUGCCCGUUCCAAAUAUGUCAAGUCUUCCAGGCUACAGGCAGAAGAAAACCUCCCGCUACCCAGAGCACCAUGGAGGGGACCCGGUUCCACCUCCCACCCAGAGGAGAUACUCGUACCAGGGGGGGCUUCAGCAGGAAGGUGCCCUGCUUCAGAACACCCUGGAGGCCAGGAGGCAGUCCGUGAGCAUCAUGAGGGAGAGGCAGAGAGAGAAGGAGAGGGAACAGGCGAGAGAAAUGGAGGAGAGGGCAAGGGAACGAGAGCGGGAGGAACGGUUAAGGGAAAGAGAGAGGCAGCAGGAGAGAGAGAGGCAAGAGAAGGAGUUAGAAAUGGAGAGGCUGAGGGAGAUUCAACGGGAGGAGAGGGUGAGACAGUGGGAGAUGGAAAGAGAGAGGGAGCUCGAGUUGGAAAGAGAAAAAGAGAUGGAAAGAAUCAGAGAGAUGGAGCGUCUCAAAAAGGAACGGGAGAAAGAGCUUGAGAGGGAGAGAGAAAGGGAAGAAGAUCCUCAGCUCAGCUCACGUCACGAGUUUUACAGCAGCUCCGGCUUCAGGGAAAGAAAUCAAGACUUCCAGCACAAGGAGAGCCUCCACAGCUUCCAGCCAAAGCCUCAGGCUUACUCACACUGCCAGCUCCAGAACCAAGUGCAGCGAUCUGCUUUUCAUCCGGUCAGCAGCUCCUCUCAACAGCCUCACCAGCAGGGAUACGCAGAGCGAAGCUACACGCCCGCAGAGACGUAUCCCGCCCGGCAGCAGGAAACCACCAAGAUCAACAGGAAGUACAGCCUGACCGAGAGAGACUACUCCAGUUGGAGACGUGAGUCCAGACCAGCGGAGAGCGCCGGCCAUCAGGGCCGCUGGGGCUCCAGACAGCAACACUUCAGCAGCGAUGACCACAACGGCUACUCCUCCGCCCCUCCGCCCGCCCCGCUCGCCCUGCGAGGCCGAGCCAUGUCUGAGAACGACCUCCGCUUCGACGGCAGCCACCGCUGGUCGCCGUCCGUCUCCAUGUCCGCCAGCCAGACCCUGAGCGAGGUGGAGGAAGGGGGCGGAGACGCGGCGGGCAGGCAGGGCCGGAAGAAGACGCCGCCGCCGCCCAGACCGCCGCCGCCGAAGUGGGAGCAGUUCCACCGCAGGCGCGCGUCGCACCACGCCCUCUUCGCCGCUCCCGCCCCGCCCCCCAACUACUCCGCCCACUCCGCCUCCUACGUCCCUCCGCCCGAGGAGUCCCGGCAGAGGUCCUACAGCCUGCCGCCGGAGAGGCAGGAGGCGUCCGAGGGCGGCUGCCCGCGCUGCAGCUGCGUUCAGACGCAGGACGCCCCGGCCAAUCAGCACCCGGCGCCGUUCCAGGACCGGGCCUUCGCCGUGGCCCCGCCCAGCCCCAUGUUCUCCAGGAGGGCCUUCAGGCCAGUGGCUCCACCCCAGAGGGAGACGGACGUGAGAGAGGAGGCGGGACCGUCUUUACCUCCUCCUCCUCCUCCUCCUCUUCUUCCACCUCCAGCAGAGUCCAGAGAGAACAGUUCACCUCAGACCAGUCCAGAGCAGAACCGACCAACAGUGAACCCUCACCAGCAGCAGUCAGUCAUGAGGCCUGCAGCCCAGUGGGAGAGAGCCCCGUCUCCCAGAAUCCAUAGCGACACCGCGCUCCCUCCCGCGGUCGAAAAUGGCGGGAUUUCACCACCACUGUCAUCUUACUUAAAUGAGAUGGGGUUGGGAGAGCAGCAAAGGGUCCCCGAAGCGGGAACCGAGUCGGAGGCGACCCUCAGCCCGAGCCCCGCCCACAGCCUGGAGGCCGACCUGGACGUCCCGCUGGAGACCGACAUCGACGACUUCCAGGAGGAGGAGCUCCCCGCCGGGGCCCCGCCCCUCACCAGCGAGCUGCCCUGUUUCGCGCUGCCCGUCACCGUCCUGGAGACGGACAUCGACACGCUGGGCGACCCCGGGGCCUCGCCGCCGGGCCGCGGCUCGCCGGAGGAGGAGGAGGAGCUGGAGGCCGGGGAGAGCCUGGAGGAGCUCUUCCCCCACGGCGGCGAGGGAGACUCGGGCAUGGAGAGCUGGAGGGGAGCCUACCAAACCACGGAGCACAGCACCGACAGCCUGGAUAGGCGGUCCGGUGCGAGCUCCAGCUGUUCCUCCUAUUACAGCACGUCGGCCGCCAAGGCUCAGCUCCUGUCGCAGAUGAAGGACUUCGCCGAGCAGCGGGAGCGCAGCGAGGACGACGAGCUGACCUACAAGAGGCAGCUGAUGGAGAGCCUCCGCAAGAAGCUGGGAGUGCUGAGGGAGGCGCAGAGGGGCCUGCAGGAGGACAUCCGGGCCAACGCGCAGCUGGGAGAGGAGGUGGAGAACAUGGUGGUGUCGGUGUGCAAGCCCAACGAGGUGGACAAGUUCCGCAUGUUCAUCGGAGACCUGGACAAGGUGGUGAGUCUGCUGCUGUCGCUGUCCGGGAGGCUGCUGAGGGUGGAGACCACGCUGGACACGCUGGACCCGGAGACCGAGCACCACGAGAGGCUCCCCCUGCAGGAGAAGAAGCGUCAGCUCAUGAGGCAGCUGUCAGAGGCUCAGGACCUGAAGGAGCACGUGGACCGCAGAGAGCAGGCCGUCAGCCGGGUGCUGGGCCGCUGCCUCUCGCCCGAGCAGCACCGAGACUACAGCCACUUUGUGAAGAUGAAGGCCGCCCUGCUGGUGGAGCAGCGGCAGCUGGAGGACAAGAUCCGGCUGGGCGAGGAGCAGCUGAGGGGGCUGAGGGAGAGCCUGGGGCUGGGCCUGGGCCUGGGCCUCGGCAUGGGCAUGUCCAUGGGAUACGGACAUUUUUAAGUGGACCCCGAUUUUCACAAAGUGAUUUGCACAAUUUAACAGAGAAGCGGUGGAAUAUUUGGAGGAGCCUGAGCAGAGGAACCAGGAAGGAGUCCGACAUGAUGGACAGGGUCUGAAAAAUACCCACAAUCUACGAUCGAAGAGGUUUUUUUUUCUCACCGAAGAAGCGAAAGUUCACAUUAACACAUCCUUUUAGUCUGAUUCCACAAACCGUACUCACCACACUACUCUGUCCUCGUUUAACCAGCCUGACACUACGCUACCAAAGACCUGUGUGCUCACUGAAUGUGCCUCUUUCUAUUUAAAUCUCCACAGUUCAGAGAACCGGAGGAGGAGCUUGAGUUUCCCUUCAUUCAGCACCACGUUAUACUGAAUAUAUCGCUUUAUACUCCCGUUACUGUAACACGCGUUCCCGUGUGGAGUUUGACACUCAGCACGCCUGUACAGAAGACACUUGUGUUUAUAUUGUAUGCAGUGUGUGUAUAUAAAUAUAUAUAUAGUGAGGUUUUGAUAUUUGACUGGAAUUGGAUGUAAAAGUUGAACUAAAGAUGGGAAAAGUCGGAGUUAAAUGUAUAUUUGAUUGUUGAGCGAGUCCAGAUGUCAUUUGUUUGUGUUGAAGUUCUUUUUUUUAAAAAAAAAUCAAUAAGCUUGUUUAAGAGUCAGGUGAAGUCUGGAAAAGAAGUUUUUCUAUCUUCAGCCAUUUUUCUCCCACAAGUUAAAUUCUGAGACGCUUCAUUUUAUCUUGUUCACUCUAAGAAGGUGAAUAGGCGUUUUUAAAAUCCGAGAAAGUAAAAAUAUUUCUUUAAACUGAAGGCACGUUUACAGCUGUCUGCUGUUUCACUUAGCUUAGCGUAAAGACUGGAGAUGAAACGAAACUCGGUAAUUAACGUUUGAUAGAUAACGAGUUCUUCUCCCUUUUGUUGAUUCUUUUGAGUUAGCAACACAAAAUUCUGUGUUACAAAUUUAAGAUGUUCAUUGGCGAUUUAAACCUGAGUGCAUUUAAUCCGGAAAGUUCAACUGUGAAACACACGAUAGUGUAGUGGCCACGCCCACCAACGUUCUGGCCACGCCCACUCCGGAGCCCCCAGUUUCCCUCUGUUUCCAGUCCUUGUGCAAAGCUAAGCUAACAGUCUGCAGGCAGUACCUUCAUCAGAAACUGUGCCAAUAUUUCUUUUUAAAAUUUGAAAAUAAGAUUUAAAAUAAUUUUUAAAUAAUUUGCUGCUUUAAUUGGCAUGAAAAGGUUGAGUCACUUGAUCUUAAAGGCAUAUGUUCUUUUAUGUGAAGGCUUGUUCCUCCACAGAGCUUCUGUCUGCUUUUACUCUGCAGCUCAAUGAAAGAUUGACGAGAUUCAGAGGGAGGAAUGUUCAUAAUCUGGCUGUUGGACAAGAAAAAACAACUUCGUCUUGCUGUGUUUCACCGGUUUCCCCACUUAAACUGUUGGCAAAGUGAAGGUUUUCUGUUUAGAAGCAGCUUGAAGUUGAAUAAAAUUCCAGUUCCUUUUUAUCUCGGCUGUUUUAAUACCAAACUCACUAUUACUUUGUAUGUAUGAAGUGUAAUCUUGUACAAUAAAACCACCUUUU